AUGGAGGAGUCAUUUUACGCAUUUUGCGACUUUGUCAAGAAGGGGUCUACAACAUGCACUGACAAAACUCUCAAAAAGAUCUGUACCGAUUGCAGCAUCUACUGCAAAGGCAUGGAUCAAAAUCGUGUAGACAUACAAUUUCGGAAGCAUCUCGGUGCUGGGCGCCGUGAUGUCGACUUUGAGGGCUUCUGUGCCUUUUUGGAGGGUGAGCUGGCUGAAGCCUAUAUGGAGGCUCGCCACGUGGACCACGAUGCUGCAGUGGCAGAAUUGCAAUCCAAAGUGGCCAAAGGUAAACCUAGUGUUCGUGGAGUCACCUUGAUGAGCAAGGAUGGUGCCACUUCUCGUCUUACUGAUCAUCGAGGAUACACAGGCUCGCAUAAGGAGAGGUUCGAUAUGGAAACGGGAAAGGGCAAAGGAAAGGAGGGUCGAGAGAGCCUACCGGAUAAGAAGUCUCAACAGGGUUAUGUCGGAGGUUAUAAAAACAUGGAUAAGUAUGACCAAUUGCAUAAGAAGUGA